GACAGGAAUGCAGCGGAUCGGCAACGUGCCCUACGGGUGUCUCAUAAUGACCAGAAGGGCCAACCCUAAUGACUCAAUGCGUUUGUACAAAAUUGACAAAAUUGUUUCAGGGUCCCUUUAACUACUAUAGAUAUGGAAGUUGAAUGAUAUUAUGCAGUUACUAUGGUGUGCUAAUAAGAAAUUUAUGCUCAGAAAUUUGCCUAUCUACGUAUCCCUGUGUCCGGCUGGGGUUAUUAGCCAUACAGCCCUGAAAUACGCUAAGCUGCAAUGUGACGUAGUACGAGCUCAGUGAAGAAGCCUUGACAGAAACUUUUAUUCAGAAACAUGAAACUUAUUGGAAAUCACGAAGAGAAAAAGAAAAAGUUGCGAGAAGCACAAAAUUAAAAAAAAACGGAGCAUUAAAGAAUACAAGCGUAAUCAAUACAAUAAUGUAAUACAACGACAAAUCUUGAGGAGUUAAGAAUGAUUCGGUGAUUGAUAUAGGACAAAGUCAGUAAAAUAAACAUUAGGACCCACUUUUCUUAAACAAGCGCUGGCCACGAUUGGCCGCCACUGCGUCGAUGAUGUUAUCACAUCGAUCGCUUCGUGACUGCUGGGCGGCCUAAAAUCGGUCCAUAAGGAAACGGUCUCACGUGGGGGAGAAGUUUUGUGAAUAUGGGCUCAGAGCUCCGCGCAAUUAUCAGAGCGCUUCAAGUAAGAGAAACCGGUGUUUCUUCUUUUUUUUUUCUGCCCACGGAAUAUAUCACUUCUCAAGACAUUCAUGUAGCUUCACUAAAAAUUUCCUUAUACCCUGCGUACACGAGGCGACCUUUCUCCCGGUAUAUUGGUUGCUUCGACACAUUGCGCAUUUAGUUUAACCCUUCGCAACAUGAUCCAGCGGGACUGGGGAGGGGGUGCGUUCAGAAAGGGGUGGCAGUCUUUUGAUCUUUGUUCAUUCGUUUUAUUUAUUUUCUUUUUCUGUUGGGUUCUUCUCCCUGCCCGUUACUCCGCCGUCGUGACACGCCGUUCCGCACGGCCUGUCUUUAAUCAGCCUUCAGCUCGACUUGCAUCGCCUUUUAGUCCGGUUUCUUUCAAGCCCCCUUCCUUUUAAGCCCCCUUUCAAAAGCUUCGCCUUUUUUCACUCUCCAUACUUUGCUCGGGCUCUUCUAUUUUCCUUUUAAUGUCUAGUCUAACGGUAUUCAUAUAGACGAUAAGAAAGCGCUAAGGACACACGCGGAGGCUCUGCUCGCGGCUUUUCGUUCACCUUCGUUUUUGCGUCGUUUGCCGGUCUCCACCCUUCUAAUCUCCCCGCCUCUAUAUGACCCGCCCGUCUUUUUUUUUUUUUUUUUUUCUUCGUUUCUAUUCAUUCUCACCCCGCGGGUCUCUCGCUCUGCUAUCGCGAUUCGGGAGCGCGGUUAGAGCGCAGCGGUCGCUACGGGCCACUUCUCACUCCACGACGCUGGGCUGUCACCACUUGCUUUUUUUUUUUUCGCCUCUUUACUGAUUUGUGCUUUGUGCCGCGACGAUCCGGCUCUGAUUAAUUGGGCGCGGGUGGUGGUCGCUCGUCGCUAAUUAACGUCGGCGCUGGGCGCAGUGACGUCACACAGCAAAGUGUCGGCCUCCGCUCAUCUGUGCCAUCUUUGUUUGCCCUCCCGCUCUUCCAGGCGGUAUGGUUGUAUCGCUUCGUGAUUGAAAAGACGGAUCCCUCGCACGCCGGUGCGACGCGUUCUGUGUCUACUGCGCGCGACUCGUAGGCUUUGUUUGCGAAGAAGCACUUUGGACCAAGAAUCGGGGAAUCGGUGCGGAAUGAAAUUUUACAACCGCACAUCGCAAAUAUUUUGCCUGCGCGACGCAACAGUUUCAUUGCCGACGCUUUCACUUUCGUAUGACCUCUCGUGAAUGCCUCGUGGCGUGCCCUCCUGAAGAACGGCAAGUUAGCGUGGAUGUACUUGGAAUAUUUUUUGUCGGAAAUAAGGAAGUGAACUCAAUAUAGAAAGAUAACUAGAAAUAGCAAUAUAACAACCGUUUCCUGCAAAAAAAUAAUGAAGAAAGAAAAACUUGCUUUUUAAAGUUUCUCUCCUUUUUCCUUUAGCUUUUUUUAUUAGAAGCCUGUUGAAAAACCAAUACAGUUGAGCAAUUAAAGUACGUCAAUUAUUUUUGGUCAAUGCACACAUUAAAAGCAGCAGUUAGCAUCGAAAACUAAACGACGAAACGAUUGACUACAAAUAAAUAAUGGGGGUACCUAUGAUGGCGAUUAAAAAUACGAUACCGUAUCUGCAAAGCUAAAAAGCAAAAAAAAAAAGAAGACAGGGGACGGGGUAUACACAUACCAUUGAUGGCAGCUAUGCAAACGGUUUCGGCCGCAAUCAAAUGUAUAAAUGCCCCAAUUUUGUCAUUGAAGAAUACACACAUUUCAUUGGCCUUUCUCUUCUUUUGACUUCAGGCUCCCGGUCAUCGGACGGGACCAACAUUUGCUCGAUCAUCUUGACCUUCAUCUCACUGCUGGUCAUAUCUGUUACGUUCCCCUUCUCACUCUUCUUCUGCAUCAAGAUUGUGCAGGAGUACGAGAGGGCGGUCAUCUUCAGAUUAGGUCGUCUCGUCCAAGGAGGCGCCAAAGGACCAGGUCUCUUCUUCAUCAUACCGUGCAUAGACACCUACUGCAAGGUGGAUCUACGUACAGUAUCUUUCGAUGUUCCCCCGCAAGAGAUUCUGUCCAAGGACUCAGUGACAGUGGCCGUGGACGCGGUGGUGUACUACCGCAUAAGUAACGCGACCAUCGCCAUCACCAACGUAGAGGACUACGGCCACUCCACCAGGCUGUUGGCCGCCACCACGCUCCGGAACGUGCUCGGCACCAAGAACCUGUCGGAGAUUCUGUCUGAGCGGGAGUCCAUCUCGCACGUCAUGCAGGCGAGCCUGGAUGAAGCCACCGACUCGUGGGGCGUGAAAGUCGAACGAGUCGAAAUCAAGGACGUCCGGCUGCCUGUCCAGUUGCAGAGAGCUAUGGCCGCCGAAGCUGAAGCCGCCCGUGAAGCCCGGGCGAAGGUGAUCGCCGCCGAAGGUGAGCAGCGGGCGUCGCGCUCCCUCAAGGAAGCCGCUGAGGUGAUCGCCGAGUCACCUUCGGCACUGCAGCUACGCUAUCUGCAGACUCUUACCUCCAUUGCGGCGGAAAAGAACUCCACCAUUGUUUUCCCGCUGCCGCUGGAACUUAUGCGCGGUCUCCUCGCCAGAGGCCACGACGACGACUGCUACUGCACCUCUUCACGACAUCAGAAGUGAUGUGGCCUCCGAUAUCCGCGCAACAUUUUUGCCCGUUACUCCUCCUCCUCACACGGUAGAAGGAGGGGUCGCGUGUCUUUCUCUCUCUCUCUAACGUAUCUCUAUGUUUUUCCGUUUCCACAAACGAGUACGACGAUCAACAACCUUGCGUCUUGUAGCCCCGAGCUACGUGUUUGGCAUGUGCCGAGCCUUCAGGCAUGCUGCGUUAAUGCGCGAAUUCGUUCUCGAGAUAUGCGCGCAGUAGUCUCUGCCCGGAGAGGUUUUGCUCACGGACUGCUGAAACACUGUGUGCUGCUGUGUAGCUACAUGCAUGACUCUGUUUAUGAGCCACUGAGUGGGCACCUCUUCUCCAACCUGUCCUUUCGCAAACCACCACAGGUGUGGCUCAUUAACACCGGUCUGCCUUGUUUCUCCAACGUCUGUGCGUAGGUGAUGCACAGCGCUUCAAUUGCAGCUCGUGGUACUAUAUGACACUUGUUCAUAGGCGACUAGCUAAGAGUGUCACGUACUGGCCUUGUUUGUUUAUGGGUGGCACGUAGGAACAGGCCCGAAACAAUACCGUCACACAGUGCUCGAGCGAAACCGCCUUGCGCUCCACUUGAAAUGUUAACAACGCGCUAAACUGCCUGAGUGUUGCGAACGAUUCAGCCUGCCUCGUAAUGUUCCCAGAAUGCCGCCUUCUACGUCGAUGAAUCGCCAAUUGACUGGGCCAGAGGGAAGUAAAAGAAAGGGAGUCCGUCCAUCGUCCACGAUGACUUGAAAGCGGGCGGUGCGUGUCUUUUCUUUCUUUUUUGUUUUUCUCCCCUAGCGGCUCACACAUCCAGACCCCGAAAGAACGUAAAAAUGUACUACUGUAGUCAGCGCAUUCAAGCCAUCACAGUGUUCCGCACUCAUUGUAAGCCUAUCGAUGGUGUGCCGCAAAAACCAGAUCUUGCGGUUUUAUCUUUGGCGUCGUGCUUCGUAAAGCCUGAAUGGCAAGCAAUGGACUCUGUCCUGCAUGCCGCGUCUGCCGCUGCUCCAUUGCGGGGAUCCCGACUCGCUUCCUUCGCUGCGGAACACAUUAGAAAAUGUCGACUAACAAAUCAUUUUAAUGGCCUCCAAGUGUGCGAGUUCAACGGUAUUGUCAGCGUUAGUGUUGGUGUGAUACCGAUUAGAAUGCCUCAGGAAGCUCAGGGCCUUGAGAGGCGGAAACUUUCGUCGCAUUAGCCUUUCUCUCGCGUGGGUCAUUCUCGUCAGUGGUAGUUGCGACGGCAUUCCUUUCAAGGGCUGCAGCGCUCACAUCUGGUCGCUCGAAAUAGUUUACGUAGAUGGUCAGUAAUUUUCACCAAGCUGUCGUGGUCAGCUAUCGGGAUUCUGUGGAUGUUUGUGAACGCCGUGAUAUUGAUUAUUGCCUUACUGAAUGUAGCAGCGUUUAAAUUAAUGGCAGUUGCUCAACUCAAACAACACAUCUAAAAGAAGGAUGCACCAAUGACACCAGCCAACACUAGACUGAAAAAUUUCCAUGGUGGAUUGGUUGUUCGUACGUUGCAUUGGUUCCAGAAGACAUAGAAGAUGGGCAUAUUUCACUAAAACUAAUGUCGAGCUACGUUCUACGGAAUGAAUCCCGCUCCCUUAAGUCAAGCGAAAGCAAUGUGUUGUAAUAAAUUCUUGCAUCUAGUGCGCUUUACAAAUCCCACCUCAUUUCACGAGGUAUUUAAAUAUUUGGCCACUCUUGGCUCCGGAAAAGAAAUAAUUGUAACGCAUCAUCAGGUCGUUUAUUCGACUUCUUUUUUAAAGCACUCAGGCGUCUAUGAAAGAUAUAUAUAUUCUUGGGUUUUAUGUACCAAACCACGUUUUGAAUAUGAGGUACGGCGAAGGGGAAAGACGCCGAAAUAAUUUUGACCACCUUGGGUCAAAUUAUUCUAAAUCUAAGUACACAAGCGUUUUUGCAUUUCGCCCACCAUCGACACGUGGCCGCCGCGGCCGGGAUGGAACCCGCGACCUCGGAGCUCAACAGCACAACGCCAUAGCUAGUGGGCUACCGUGGCGGGUUACACUCCUAUUCCCGACUAAGUGCGCCCAAAGUGCGCUCAUUCGUACCACCGCUGUGGCGGAUAGCAAACAGGCAGAUCGCUCCCAGGAAGCCAAAGUUUCCCAGUAGAGUUCGCAAGUAUUCAGUGGCUUUUAAGCGAUAGCUGUUUCAUUCAUUUCUACAGAUGGCUGGCCCUUAUAUAGUACGUAUGAAAAAGAGGUCACCGAACAAAAACGUUUAAAAGAACGGCGUCCUUUCGAGCGCCAGCCUUCGGAAAGCUCGAAUAUCAGGAAGAGAGUUGUCAAGCGAACAAGCGCAGCAUACUCCUCACUUACGAGCCAGACAAUAAAAAUUUAAACAGCACAAAAGCUAGAAGCCUUCAGCAAUGACAGUUUCCCGGCUGUUCACAGGCCACGGUAACGAGGUUGAGUGCCGAGGAAACGAAAAAAAAAAAGAGGGAGAAACGGGAGAAACAUUUUUUGCUCUAGUGCGAGCUUUACUUUUCAAUCUUCCCAUUUUUUGUUUCCUCUCUGCAUCUAGUGAGGUGGCCAGAGUACAUAGCGGGAUUUCACUUGGAACGUUUCUCCCCCGAUAUGUGCGGGGCAAAACAGAUUGAAGCUGGUGAACAAGCGGCGAGUAUUAAAAGACACACCUGCCUCGUGGCCGAUGUCUUCUCGUCCACGCGAAGCUGUAAACGCAAGUAGAACAGGCGUCGGGUUGAGAUCCGCAGCGCCGCUCCUGAUAAAGAGCCGUCGGUCGCUAUAAAUUAGAUUAGUGGCGGACCCACGUCCUCGACCAGACGAUGUGGGGGGAAGGCAGCGCUGCACGAUAAACUCUGCGCGCAGGCCCUUGGCUGGGUUGGGCCUCGUGAUCUCCCGUUUUCACCCUGCUAUAGCUCACCCCGAUUCUUGUACCGUUACUUUCUUUUGUCUUUUUUUUAAUUCCCGCUACCACUGGAUUAAUUUGUCUUUCAGCGCGCGUUCUAAGCUUUCGCUUCCAGUACAAAAGGGCGCCACGCACGCACACACUAAGCUUGCGAAAAUUCAAAGGGAAUGAUGUGUUGCUUUCCUGCUUACACACUUGUUCUCUUCCUGCUCGCCUUAUUUGAUUAUUUGCUUGCUUAUGCGAAUUUGAUUAACAGCAGUGCACCUUUGUUUGUUUCUUUCUUUCUUUUUUUAAACUUCCAGAGAAGUUGUAGUGCGUCACGAUAGUUCACGUUAAGGUUCUAUAUUUGCAGGAUAGUAUCGGAUGAGAGGAGCUAGUAGAGUGGCAGAGCUACCUUGAAGUUAUGUUCCGCGUGAAGAGGGAAUUAGGCCAAAGAAAGCUUGUUCGAGCUUGCAUAAUACAAUAAGAAAGCUAGAUAAAUAUUGAUAGGAAGUCGGCUACUGAUGCAGCUAAUUGGAGACCCGGUGGCACACGGAAAUUUACCCGAACAGUUCGGUCGCCAUACUAUAGGUCUUUGAAUGAUCCAUUUGUAGAUCUUUUCCAUUUCUUUUUUUGCUUGCACACUCAUGAGGCCAAGUCCCGAAGGCUUCUACAUUUCCUCCUCUGGUACAUGCAUCGUGCUUGGUUUUCGAAUAGCAAAGGCCACCUUUGAGAAGUGUUUGGUCGCCGCGCAAACUUUGCUGGCACGGAAGCGAACUAACACGUGAAGUCACACCGCGGUCGUGGAGUACCUUAAGAGAAUCAGGUGCCCUUUGUGCCAUAACACUAAAGCACACAAAUUUAGGCUGCGGCUGCGAUGGGAACUUUUGCAAAAGCGAGGCGGGCGUUGUCACUCUCCGACUUGAUAGCAUUUAAAGUUUAAAGUGGCUCUUAGCCUCCUUUCCGCCAUGUGAGCUUCACUUUCUCUAGAAGUGAUGCGAGGUCAGUGAAUAUGCAUCUUUUCCUUGUCUUGCUUUAGUUCUUUCUUUACUGCAUAUAGGCAAAUAUGAUGCGCGCGUGGACAGCUUAGUAUGCAAAAAGUGUACGCCCAAUAUUACAAAUGUCCUUAAGAUAGGUUAGCCUUUUUGAUGUCGUUUUAAAGUUUGACAUGUUCUCCCCGGCUUUUCUUUCUUUUUUUCCCGCAAGUGUAUUCUCAUCCCAUUCAUUUAUUUUCCCGAGCGGGUCACAAAACUUUCCGCGUGAAAAACGUCUGGUACACGAGCCAAGGCUGUAGGAAAUUGAGUUACGCGUAGACAACUUUGGGGGUAUGGUGCUGUUUUAUGUCAGGCUCUAGGCGGGGGAUCCUUCUUAUCAGGUCAGCAAAGCCUGGUCAUCAAAAAAAAAGACAGAAUCGACGAAAUAUGACAGCCACGCUUUCCUUAACGAAACAGAAUAAGCGUUACUGAGUUAGAAUACCAAAUUCUUUGUCGAGCAUUAUGCUCGUUUCCCCCCAAAACUACGUGAUCCAGCACUUCAAACUUAAUAAUAUUUAAAAUAGCUGGUUUUCGAAAUUGAAGCAUAAUUCGUUUUUUUUUUUUGGUUCCUAUUUUCUUUUAUUGAUAUAGUUUUUUAUUGGUACUCAGCGCGACCUAAUUGACGUAGGAAGGCCAACGCAGCAAGAACUAGACAAAAAAUAUUUCUUGGCUGCUAGUGCUUCUGGAGGUGAGACAAUCCACGUUCCGGAAGACAGUAAAAUAGUGACAUUGUUGUGCAGAACUUUCUUUAUUCGAAAUUGAAAUAAAAUAAAGAAAUUUAGUCACCACUAAUGGAGACGCCUACGCUUUCUCGCGUGAUAUUAACAAUAAUAACAAGAACGCUAUCGGUUAUCUCAUCCUGCCGAAGCAAUGAAAAAGAAAUUAACGUCGUGUAGCCUUUAAAAAGAGGUUGCGCUGCACAUUUUGCAGACGAGAGUGGCCCCCGGCUUACACCAGUGACCUCGAAGUGCAGUGUUGUAGCUUUUUCGAAGGCUUUACUGUCCUGAAAGCUUCUGCAAGGAUGUCAACU